GUGUAUUAUGGUGAGAAAUUAUUAGGUUAAAAUGUAAACACAGAGUUUCAUUCUUUUUAUUAUUUUUAUAUUUACUAUUACUUGGCAUUGCAUCUAUGCUUAAAUGAUAGAGACAACUGUAAUGUUGUUGGUAGUUUAUGCUGUAAUAUUUCAGGUCAUCUCUUCAGUCUUCCUCCGCGUGCCUGCGUGCCUAUUUCUUUAAUUAUAUACCUACUGAAAAAAAAAAAAAAAUACCCACUGAACAUGAUUGGUAUGGUUAUGCAGCAAGCCUCUCAUUGCUCUCCCUCUCAGCCGCAACCUCUCUCUCGAUCUAUAAAUGAGAGUACUCCCAGAGCCCAAAACCACCAAGCCUCUCAUUGCUCUCCCUCUCUCUCUCUCUCUCUCUCAUUGCACAUACUCCAUCUCCGAUCACUUCGUGAAUAUAACAUUCUCCCAUGGCAUCAUCCUCAGCCUCUCUCGCCUUCACCGUGCGACGGCGGGAGCCGGAGCUGGUGGCUCCGGCUAGGCCAACACCGCACGAGUUAAAGCCGCUCUCCGACAUCGACGACCAGGAGGGUCUUCGGUUCCAAAUCCCAGUCAUACAGUUCUACCGGCGCGACCCCUCCAUGCUGGGGAAGGAUCCGGCGGCGGUGGUCCGACGGGCUCUGGCGGAGACGCUCGUUUUCUACUACCCCUUCGCCGGGCGGCUCCGGGAAGGCCCUGGCAGGAAGCUGGCAGUGGAGUGCACCGGCGAGGGCAUAAUGUUCGUGGAGGCCGACGCCGAUAUCACUCUCCGGCAGUUCGGGGACAAGCUCCAGCCGCCGUUCCCAUGCUUGGAGGAGCUCCUUCACGACGUCCCGGGCUCCGGCGGAGUCCUCAACUGCCCUGUCCUCCUCGUUCAGGUGACGCGCCUGAAGUGCGGGGGCUUCAUCUUGGCCCUUCGCCUCAACCACACCAUGAGCGACGCCGCCGGUCUGGUCCAAUUCAUGUCAGCCGUCGGAGAAGUGGCGCGUGGCGCGCGCGUACCCUCCAAGAAACCCGUGUGGGAAAGGGAGCUGCUAAACGCGCGUGAUCCGCCGCGUGUGACGUGCACGCACCGCGAGUACGACCACGUCCCCGACACGAAGGGCACCGUCGUCCCGCUCGACUCCAUGGUACACCGCUCCUUCUUCUUCGGCGCCGCCGAGGUCGCCGCACUCCACUGCCGCCUCCCGCUGCGCCUCCGCUCGUGCUCCGCCUUCGAGGUCCUCACCGCGUGCCUCUGGAGGUGCCGCACGGCCGCGCUCCGUCCCGAUCCGGACGAGGAAGUCCGGGUGAUCUGCAUCGUCGACUCGCGGACUCGGUUCAACCCUCCGCUGCCGGCCGGAUAUUACGGGAACGCGUUCGCAUUUCCGGCGGCGGUCGCCGCGGCGGGGGAGCUGUGCGGGAGGCCGCUGGGGCAUGCGGUGGAGCUGGUGCGGCGUGCGAAGGCGAGGGUGACGACGGAGUACAUGAGGUCGGUGGCGGAUCUGAUGGUGGCGAAGGGGCGGCCUCACUUCACGGUGGUGAGGACGUACCUGGUGUCGGACGUGACGCGGGCGGGGUUCGGGGAGGUGGAUUUCGGGUGGGGGCGGCCGGCGUACGGGGGUCCGGCGAAGGGCGGGGUUGGGGCGAUUCCGGGGGUGGCGAGUUUCUACAUACCGUGGAAGGAUGAGGUGAGGGGGGAGAAGGGGGUGGUGGUGCCGAUUUGCUUGCCGGGGGAAGCAAUGGAAAGAUUUGUGGCGGAGCUGAAUGGGAUGUUGAAGGAUGAGGAGGCCGGAGAGGACAGUGCUCAGACCUCCACCUUCGUUGUUUCUGCCCUGUAAACCCUUUUUCGAAAAUUAAAAAUAGAAAUAUCUAAGAGGCAGAGGUUAGGCGUGUGCGCUUGGUAUCCUGGAUUGGAACGUUUUUUGUUUUCUUGAGGUUGUAAUUAAUGUUGUUGUAAUGUAAGUGUGUUUUUAAUUCUACUUUUUUGGAAGUGCUAAAUAUUGAUGGGGGCUUUCAUAGAUCAAAUAUAAUGUGUUCUUAGUGUUACACUACUGCA